UCACUCAAAACCUCUUCUUGCUCACUUGUUCAUCUCUCUUCAUACUCUCACUUCACUUCGUUCAAACUUGCUACGCAAAAUGUCCCCCUUCUUCCUGUGGCCUCGUUCCCAUCAGCUUCCCUUUCCACCUCAGCAACUGUGGCGAUCCCGGCCAAGAGUUAGUAUGUGAAAACAACAUCACCUUAAUGUACAUCAACUCCCGGAAAUACUAUGUCAAAGAAAUCCAUUACCAAAACUUCACCAUGAGGCUCUCUGAUAUUUCAACAGACAACAGCAGCUGCUCUUUUCCUUCACAUUCGGUGUCCGAUUAUGAUGAUGACCUUUUUUUUAAAAGCAGAUACACAUUUAGCAAGACACACAUUAAGUUGGUAAGGUGCCAGCAUCCGUUGCAUAAUUCUUCCCUCUUUACCCAACUUACUGGUUGUGAGCAAUAUAGCAAAUAUACAUAUUUAAACGUCAUGUUCAUGCGUGCCAAAGAUAUGGACUCUAUGUGCACAUUAGAUUCUGUAUUAGCAACAAACUGGAUAUUUGCAAAUUGGUACAAUGUGUCACUCUCAGAAAUCCAUCAAUCUCUGCAAUAUGGAUAUCAUGUGUCUUGGUUAGGUUUAAUGUGCCGCUACAACCUAGAAGCUAUGGAUCCGGGACAACAAAAGUUUUGCCACUAUUCAGAUCUUUAUUAUAAAUGGGUUAACAUCAGAGAAUCCUUCCGAUCAUCUCAAGGUCCAUAUGGAGGCUAUCUCAUGAUUUUAAUGGUCAUACUUGCUAUUGUAUUUGGGGGGAUAACCAUUCCAGCAAAAAUCAUUAUCAUCAUGGGAUUUGUUGCCACUUUUUUGACUCAAACGACGACAGAUUGGCUCCCCGAUUAUCUACCCAGGAGUGAGCUCCCAAGUUUAGUAAAUGUUGGAUAUUACUUUAGUCUUUGGAAUGUGACAGUUAUUAGCUUGGGAGUAAGAUUCGUCGUGGGCUUUCUCGGCGGAAUGGGAUACCUGAUCUAUAAAUUCCGAAGAAGGCAUUUAUCAUCGUACGAGGAAAUAGAGAGCUUCCUACAGAGUGACAACCAUUUGUCCCCUAUCAGGUACUCCUAUUCAGACAUAAAGAAGAUCACUAGAAAUUUUCGAGACAAACUAGGUGAAGGUGGCUUCGGCUCUGUUUACAAAGGAAAGCUUCGGAGUGGCCAUUACGUAGCAGUCAAGCUAUUAAAGGCCAAAAUAAAUAACAAAGAUGUCAUCAAUGACAAAGAUUUCAUCAAUGAAAUCGGAACAAUUGGGAGGAUCCAUCAUGUCAAUGUUGUCCAACUUGUAGGAUAUUGUGCGGAGAGAUCCAAGCGUGCUCUUAUACUCGAUUUCAUGCCAAAUGGCUCUCUUGACAAGUACAUCUUCAAACUAAAAAAAGCUUCUUCACUGGAUUGGGGUAUGAAAUUCAAGAUUGCAGUUGGAGCGGCUCGAGGGAUUGAGUAUUUGCAUAAUGGUUGUGAUAUCAAGAUCUUGCAUUUUGAUAUCAAGCCUCACAAUAUACUUCUUGAUGACAAGUUUGUCCCCAAGGUCACCGAUUUCGGGCUAGCAAAGUUAUGCUCGGUAGAGGAUGACACGGUGACGAUGACGGCUGCUAGAGGCACCGUUGGCUAUGUUGCUCCGGAACUCAACUACAGAAGCAUCGGCCUAGUGUCUCACAAAGCCGAUGUGUAUAGUUUUGGGAUGUUGUUGAUGGAGAUGGCGGGUGUAAACAACAAGGAUGAUCCAAACAAGUAUUUCCCAGAUUGGAUAUAUGAUUGCAUUAAUAAAGGUGAGGAGCUUGGAAUUGUUGAAGAGGACAACAAUGUUGAUGAUGUGAAUGAGAAUGGAAAGAAUGUCGUUAAGAAGAUGACAAUAGUUGGCUUGUGGUGCAUACAAAUGAAUCCAGAUAAUCGUCCAUCAAUGAAUAAAGUGUUGGAGAUGUUAGAAAGUGAUAGUGAAGAUUUGAAGAUUCCGGAUCAUCCAUCUCACUUAGUGAAUGAGGCCAGGAGCGGGGCUGCGGACUCAACUGGCUCUGUAUCACAGUCGGAGUCGGAUUAUGACAGUGAUACUAUCAUGAUUACUAUAGCAUAAAUAUAUAUGUAUGUAUUCUCCACUGUUUUUGCUUGAAAGGAUCAAGCAUAUUUGUAUCAAAUUUCGCAUGUUUGGUGCCGUUUAGCACAUCAAAUUUGUAUCAAGCAUAUCUGUAUCAAAUUUAGUCUGUUCCGUACCAAA